AGCUCUUUAAUUGGAUAAAUGCUUCUUGUCUCCACCCGCCCCUGCUGUUGUAUACACACAAGCCACUAUCUCCGUCUGAUCUGAUAAUAUUGCUUGACAGAGCCCAUUUUCAGAUAAAGAUGCAGCAGACUUAUAACGCUGCAUUUUUUACAAUACAUUUUUAAAUCUUGACCUUAACGUUUAGAGCCUUGCAUUGUCAAACUCAUGCAAGGCUAAAGGGUUAAAGACUUUCCUUUUUAGACAAGGGUUUUUAUUGUUUUAUUGUUUUUAAUUGCGUUGACCUAUAUUUUAAUGAGCCCUGUCUGUAAUUCUAUAUAUUUCACUUUGUGAUUCCAUAUCUGUGAAAGGCGAUUUACUUAGUUACUGAAAAACUAACAUCAUCGACAACAAACGUCAAGAAAAGUUACACACUGCAGCUUUAAGAUAAUGAAAGAGAAAAAAUCCCUGGCUGUUUUGACCAGUAGCCGCUCAGAUCUCCUAUAAAUCUGCUCUUGAUCACAGCGGUGACAGCACCCAUCAUCCUCUCCUCUUGCCCUUGGUCCAUCAGCGCCCAGAGAUCAGUGGGGUUUAGAGUCAGGAUGUGAGGUUACCUUGAGUACAUGACUCUCUGGCCCAAACUGCUUGUCACUCCUUCACACUUUUAUGACGGAUCAAUAUUGAAUGUGCUUUAUUUGAUUUGACUGAUUUAUGCAUCCCGCCCCUUCUUUUUUUUCUUCCUGGUGCCCAUUUUAAAUAGCACCUCUCUCCCUCUGUGUCUCCUGCAUUAUUUAAAGCAGCCGCUUGCGACUGAGACAAGAUAAUUUCUCUUGUUUGAAACCCAACAAUCAUCUCGUUUCCAGAGCUCUCUCUCGUGAAGUGAUCACACCUUGACGCGUGAGGUGAAACCGCCUCGGCCGAAAACUUUUGAGAGAGUUCUCGAGACGAGUUUUUCUUUAAAAGGGAAAUGAUCUUGUCUUGUUUUGCACACACACACACUCACAUGUGAGAUCAGAAUCAUAAUGAAGAGGACUGGCUGAGAUGAAUGCACUGUAACAUUUCCUCCUACCGCCUUCCUCGUACCAGGCUCCGAGCUCAUGCCCAAGGCGCUUUCGACUCGAAUAGUGGGAGGCAUUUGGUGGUUCUUCACCCUCAUCAUCAUCUCCUCCUAUACUGCUAACCUGGCUGCCUUCCUCACCGUGGAGAGGAUGGAGUCACCCAUAGACUCAGCCGACGACCUGGCCAAACAAACUAAAAUCCUGUACGGCGUGGUGGAGGAUGGAGCCUCUAUGACCUUCUUCAAGAAAACAAAAAUCUCCACCUAUGACAAGAUGUGGGAGUUCAUGAACAGCAGACGGCAGUCGGUGAUGGUGAAGAACGUGGAGGAGGGCAUCCAGCGCGUCCUCACCUCGGACUACGCCUUCCUCAUGGAGUCCACCACCAUCGAGUUUGUCACUCAGCGCAACUGCAACCUCACGCAGGUUGGAGACCUCAUAGACUCCAAGGCCUACGGAGUGGGAACGCCUAUGGGCUCUCCAUACAGAGACAAGAUCACAAUAGCCAUUCUGCAGCUGCAGGAGGAAGGGAAGCUGCACAUGAUGAAGGAGAAGUGGUGGAGAGGGAACGGCUGUCCUGAAGAGGAGAGCAAAGAGGCCAGCGCGCUCGGGGUGCAGAAUAUCGGCGGGAUCUUCAUCGUGCUGGCCGCAGGACUGGUGCUGUCGGUGUUCGUGGCCGUCGGGGAGGUUCUUUACAAGUCCAAACAGAACGCGCAGCUGGAGAAGGUACUGGAGUGCUUCUUGGUGCAUUAAGAUGUGUCUUGAAGGGACAACAAACAAAA